UUUCGACGAUGAUUUAGCAACUACCUACAAGAUGUUAAAUACCGCAACAGUAUUACUAGUUCUGAUAGUAGGUGGCCACUUGACUCAUUCCCAAAAUCAAAAUGUCGACCAGAGUGAGGAGUGGGAUCUUGCUCGGAAGAGCAAAGGCGACAUUCAACAACAAGAGCCCCAGGAGAAAAUCAGCGAGAGUAGUGUGCAACCUAAUUACGAGUUUGCGUAUGGAGUCUAUGAUCCGAUAACGGGUGACCAUAAGGAUCAGUGGGAGAAACGUGUCGGGGACCACGUACAAGGCGUUUAUAAAUUAGAUCAACCGAAUGGCAGAAAGCGGAUUGUGGAAUAUGAAGGCGAUAGCAAGCGGGGAGUUGAGCAGACUGUGAAGGAAGUGGACGGAGCCGGAAAAGUCGGUAGAAGAGAGCAGUUGAACGGAAUUGGUCACAGUUAUAACACUCUGAAGAAAAUAGAUGCAACUAUAAAAUAAUA